CUUAAUAUCUAUCUCUUCACUCAUUAUUCCCAUCUUGCUCGCCCUAGCGGAUGACAUUGGACACAUGUAACUCGUACUUCUCAGGCCGCCCGAGCUCCUUCGAGCAUGGGAAGUGUAAGUUAGUGCAAAGCGCACCGGACGCGGAACCAGUCACGGAACGAACUCUGCCUUCGGUUCCGGGUUCCCUCCCUUCCUGUUACCCCGAACAUCGUCCCGCAAAUGUCGAUUCGGAGCCCACAUGGACUGGAGGUUUGUCCCCUGCCGCCGUACUGCUGGUCAAUCGAUGAACUGGAUGUGAUAUCUCGUGGCCACUGCUUGGCAAGAGACAUGGGCUGUUGAGUUUAUCCGCGCCACACGAACAACUCCGUCAAAACCUUGUCUUUUUGAGACCACUGUUGCCGAGCUCGUAAGUCCGGUGAGCGUGUGACACGGACGAAGCGAGGCUUUCAUGCUCCCGACCGCUAACAUACUUCGGCUACCCCUGAUAUAAGAGAUUGGGAUCUCAGCUUGCAGUUUUCUGCCGAGGCAAACACGGCGACAUUUUCUUGAACAUAUCACCAAGCUACCUAUCGAUCAAGAUGGCACCCGUCGCCACCGACGAUGCCGCUCAUUCAGAGUCCGCGUAUACCCCCAAGCAUAUUGAGGACAAGCUUUUCAUUGAUGGAGAGUUCGUGCCUUCAGUAUCCGGCAAGAAAUUCGACAUCUACAACCCUACGACCGAGAAACUCGCUGCCUCAGUUUACGAAGCUGGUGGCGAAGAUGUCGACCUUGCCGUCAAGGCUGCGAAAGAAGCGUUUCCGGCAUGGUCAGCGCUGUCCGCCGCUGAGCGGACUGGCUACCUGAACAAACUUGCGGAUGCUAUCGAGCGAAAUGCCGACGAGCUUGCCUAUCUUGAGGCUAUUACCAUGGGCAAGCCAUAUGUCGAUGAUUUCUCGAUCAAAUUCUCCGUGCAAAAUCUGCGAUACUUCGCAGGAAAAGCGAUCGAUGUAGCUGGAGAUUCGAGCCUCAACUCUACUGGCUUCGUAACACUCUCGUUGCGACAGCCAUUUGGCGUCUGUGGAGCCAUUACGCCCUGGAAUGUACCACUACUCAUGCUGGUCAACAAGCUCGGCCCGGCUCUUGCGACGGGCAAUACACUUGUGGUCAAAUCCUCCGAGAAAUCCCCUCUUUCGUCCCUCGCCGUUGGUCGGUUGGCUCAAGAGAUUGGCCUACCCCGAGGUGUACUCAAUAUCCUUUCUGGCUUUGGCCGACCCUGUGGCGAAGCCAUCGCCAAGCACAUGGACAUCCGGAAGAUCAGCUUCACGGGCAGCGUUAUCGCAGGACGUGCUAUCAAAAAAGCUGCCGCCGAGUCCAAUCUCAAAAACGUGACGCUUGAGCUUGGCGGCAAGUCUCCGCUGAUAAUCUUUGACGACGCAGAUAUCGCUAGAGCCGUCCCUGCGGCCGCAUUCAGUAUCCUAGUGAACAGCGGACAGUCCUGCGUCGCCACCUCGCGUGUCUAUGUCCACGAGGCUAUCGCCACGCAAUUCCUUGAUGCUAUGAAGACUGCUAUGGUGGAGCUCUUACCAGCCGCCAAUCCGCUCUUACCAAAUACCGGUCGUGGGCCGCAAGUCGACAAGGCCCAAUUCGAGCGGGUUAUGUCCUUCCUUGACUAUGCCAGGGAGAAUAACAUCAGUAUGCCGGUAGGCGGUGGCCGCCAAGGAACAACCGGGUAUUUCGUCGAGCCUACUAUUAUCGCAAAUCCGCCUGAAGAUUCUAGGGUUAUGAAAGAGGAGAUCUUCGGACCUGUCUUGUGCGUCAAUACCUUUACCGAUGAGGCGGAGGUGCUGAAGCGUGCGAAUGACACCGAGUUCGGUCUAUAUGCUAGUGUCUUUACAAAAGAUAUCAGCCGCGCCUUGAGGGUAGUGAAGGCCCUCGAGGCGGGAAGCGUGGGCGUCAACUGCUCGUCACCGAGUAUGGCUGUUGAUAUGCCAUUUGGUGGAUGGAAGCAGAGUGGGGAUGGACGAGAGCUGUCCAGGCAUUGUACUGACUACUGGACCGAGUUGAAGAGCGUGUUUAUCGCGUUGUAGAGGCGGCCGCAUGGGACGUCAGAGGAAAUGAGAUGCAAACAACUACAAAUAGCAUGGAAAUGGUACUGCGCUGGC